AUGCGGCCGUCUCCGAGAGACGUCGCUACGACGACGGCAGCGACGUCCUCGGCGAGCAGCAUCAGCCAUCACCUCUCCUUGGAACUUGGCGACUCGUACGAAGGCGCCGUUGAGGUGAAACAUGGUGUAGCCAUUCCCCAUGGGCGUGGCGUUUGGCGCUCUGGGGACGGUCAAGUGCGGUACGAGGGCCACUUUGUGCAGCGCUGGCGUGACGGCUACGGACGCCUGUGCACACCCACGUUCACCCUGUGGGCGCGGUGGCGGAUGGAUCGGCCUGAUCUCUCCUCCUCUACUCGUAUCGACUACCCGAACGGGGAUCGCUACUGCGGUUUUGUGGAGCUGAAAGCGAAGCAGCCACCCUCCGGACAGACCCGCUCCAAGUUUAGCGCCUGGGCCGUCUCUGUGGAGCCGUUGCGGCACCGCUGGGGUGAGCUGGUGACGUCCAGCGGCGAUCGCUACGUUGGGGAGUGGGCAGGGAAUGAGCGUGAGGGCUUCGGGUGCUACGUGUGGGCCAGCGGGAGCCGGUACAUUGGCCGGUUUCACCGCGACCAGUUCCACGACACUGGUACUCUUUUCAUAUUUCCUGCUGAGGUGGAGGGGUGUUUCUCUCGCUUGUGUAGCGAUGGUGGAUGGAGUUGCGGGGGCGGCGAUAGUAAGGCCCCGCAUGGACGUCACGCACCAUGCGGGGCGGCUCGAUGGCCUCCGGCGUCGCGACCGGGAUGGGAUGGCGUCGUGCUGGAUGCGGUGUGGCGUGAUGGCAAGUGCAACGGCGAGGGGCACGUUACGUUGCCGUCUGGCGUUCGAAUAUCCGCCGACUGGCGCACUGCCUGCAGCCCCGUAGAUGGUGAGCUCGUGUUGCCGAGUCUCACCCCACAAGCCCGCAUGGACACGGAGGUGUACGAGUGGCGCGAGAGCUUCCAGUGGGAGUCGCUGCUGAGCAACACCGAUGCCGAGGCGCGCCGGAUCGCUUACGAGAAGUCUGACAUAUCUCGUGCAGGCAUCCAGCAGUCCAACUCUACCGAGUACGUGCGCAGCUGCGUGCUUGAACUGCUUAACGCUCACAAGGUCGCCAAGACGGCUUUGCAUGUGUUCCGGCGCUGCUUCUAUUGCCUGUAUGGCACUUGUGGUGUGGACACGGAGGUGAGUGCUGGUGGCCACGGCAACCCCCUGGGGUGGUGCACGCUGCAUAACGCGUACGGCGGCUGCAUCCACCCAGCGGAGGGGCGGCGCAUCAGCGCGGCGGACCUUGACCUCGCCUUGCGUGAUAUUGCGUCGCUAGCGCGCUCGACGGUGCGCUGGGUGCUGGACAUGGUAGGGCCGGAGCAGCAGUCGAAGGUGCUCGACUAUGGAGGGGAGGCUUUGGUGGGUCGCUGGGUGGCAGACCGCGUCUUUCAGUACUGCUAUCCCGUCUUGCUAAACCUGUACAGCCAGGUGUAUCGCGCAGAGGAGACAGCGCUGGCGGCGUCUGUAGCGCGACUGCGCGAUGCCGUCACACUCGACGACAUUGGCGUUGUCUUUGCCCGCCAAAGCGAGAGUCAGGAGAAACUUUUCGACCCGUACACGGACGCGGUGCACUGUGUAGAGAAGCUGAACAACGAGGCGCAGACUCUCACGCAGCUGCUCAAGGUUUUGGUGCAAUGGUCCCGUGAGAUCGACCUCUCCACACGCCUCACGCAGGCGUGCACCGAUGGACGGCAGAAGCCUGCAAGGAGCACCUCCGGCUCCGCAGAUGAUCUGCUGCCUAUUCACCAGUAUGUGCUGAGCCAGUCUCGCUGCGGACGACUCUACGCCGUCACCAAAUUGCUGUCCGACUUCGCAGCUGAGCCGCUGUUUAUGGAGUCCACCUCGCAGGAGGCGUUUGGAGUCACAACACUGCAGGUGUGCGUGCUGACCCUGCUUCGCCUGCACCCGUGGGAGAGGGACGCGUCGAACAUUCUCGUGCCGUUUUCUGUGGCGCUGGACGGCGUACGAGAGGCGGUGCAGCGGCGGGCGGCACUCACAGUAUGGGUCCAUGACGCCUGCAGCGGUGUUUCUUCCACCGCGUCGACAGAUGCGCCGACCUUGAAUGUGGUGGAGCGAGUGAUGAGCCGCUACGUGGCGCUGUGGGUUCCUCGCAUGGUUGGCUGGAUGGGCGAACACGCCACCGUCACCUCCGACCCUCAGCCGGUCGACAAUGGCGAGUUCACGGAGGAGGAGCUCUCCCUGUUGUACCUUGGACCGCCUAUCGCUGACGGCGAGGAGGCGCUCUGCUUCUCCUGCUGGCUGUACGCCAGCGCUCUUUUGGAUUCGGUGCAUAUGCGGCUUCUCCUCGGGCCCCAUACCGUGCCGCACCGCCUCAGUUGUGCCGAGGACGUGGCAGAGGCGUGUACGCAUCUGCGGAGGUGGGUGGCCGGUGCAGGCGGCGCUGCGCCAAUGCAGUUGCAGGUCAAAGCGGCCGCUUCUUUACCGCCGGCUGUGCCAAGCCGUAUGCUGAGCUUGGAGAGCCACCUCACCGAGCUUCUCAACGAAUUGUAG